AUGUCAUUUCCAGUUGCAGGCAAGAAUGCUAUCGUCACAGGCGGCGCCUCAGGGAUAAACCUCGCUUUUGUUAAACUGCUCAUCAGCAAAGGUGCCAACGUUAUUGUGGGAGACAUUCAAGAGUCUUCUGCGUUCAAGGAAUUUGAGAAAGAGCCGCGGUCGACCAAGCUUUUAUUCCAAAAAACCGACGUGUCGAAAUGGAAUGAACUCGAAGCCCUCUUCAAACGUGCACAGGCGGAAUUAGGAACGCUAGAUAUAGUAUGCAACGGCGCUGGCGUAUUCGAGCCGGCAUGGUCCAGCUUCUGGAACGACACAGAGACAGAAAGCUACAAGUCCCUGGACAUCAAUCUCGGAGCCCUCAUCAAAGGUACACGCUUAGCAAUCCGAGACCAGAUCACACGAUCCAAGGGCCGCAAGGCCGGUGGCACGGUGGGAGUUAUCCUCAACAUCUCCUCCUUAGCUGCGCAACGUAUGCUAUUCAACCAACCGAUCUAUAGCGCCGCAAAGGCCGGGGUGUCGGCCAUCGUGAGGUCUUUGGCUCCUUUGCACGAGGAAUUUGGCAUUAAAGUGGUCGCCGUCGCCCCGGGAAUGGUGUAUACGCCGCUGUGGUCAGAUCAUCCCGAAAAGCUCAAGGCAGCCCAUGAAAAGGACAUCUGGAUCACUCCCGAGGAGCAAGCCGCGGUCAUGCUAGAAGUGGUUGAGAAUGGCGACUACGAGGGCGGCACGGUGCUGGAAACGCUCAAGAAUUUUACCAGGAGGGUGUACAUCGACAGCCCGAUGCCUGAAGGUCCGGGAUCAACCAUGUCCAAUAUAGAUCUUAUCACAGAGGACACUAUAGCGCUAUUAGAGGCGGAGAGGAAGGGUCCUAAGGUGCAAAACGGUGUCUAA